AUUUUUUUCUUCUAUAAUUUGAAAAGGGGUUUCGGACCAAUUUUUAAAAGAAGUUUUUCAUCUCUAAUUCGAUCAGAACAGAUUUAUAGACAAAUUUUUAAAAAUGGAUUUUUAGACCUAUAUAUUUUGUCUGUAGUGAGAGAAGUGAUCAGUUGAACUGUUGUGGUUGUGAGGGUUGGGUUGGUUGUGGUCGUGUGAAGAUAUUUUGGUAUUUAAUUUUUUUUUUAAAUAAAAUUAUGAUCAAAUCUGGGCAAGUCGUCGGUAUAUGAUGCAAAAUCUGGUCAAGUCGUCGGAUGCAAUUAGUUUGUUUGAAAUAUUAAAAAGGUUUUUUUUUUUCAGAAAAAUAGCUAAAAAGGGACUUUGUAUUUGAGGGGUUGCUAAUUUUUGCAAUUUCCACGGAAAAUUAUCUGAAUUUUCUCUCGCUUUCCCUUCUGCAAUCGCCAGAGAGCUUGGGUGCAAAUGGAAGCGGGAAAGGCACUGAGGUAUAUAAUAGAGAUUCAAUCUUUUAUAGAAAAGGCAGCAAUCUUUUGAGAGGAUUGCAAUUUCAGUGCCUUCUUAUAGUUCCUGAGGCACCCUGGAAAGCUAUGGAAGGAGACGUUCAAUCAUCUCAUGGGUUCUUACCUUGGAUUUUCAAUAGAAAAUUAAUCGCCGGCGGGCGGGGAUCGAGGAAAGGGGCUCUAACAAUCGCUUCUCUCUUCGCCGUUGCGGCCCUCAUCGGCAUCAUAAUCGCGUCUCAAUUGAUUAGACGUUCCAUCCUUUCGGGUUCUUCAUGGCAGAGGGCAUUUUCAUUUUCGACCUCCCAGAGCCCCGUAAUGCAGCCGAAGGGAAUCGAAUACUUCCUCAACUGUUCCGGCCGCCAGCAUCACAAGUCUUGUCCGGCGAAUCAUUCGAACAAAACAGCGUACAGAGCCGACGCCGGGAAAUGCCCGGAGUACUUCCGGUGGAUCCACGAAGAUCUGCGGCCAUGGAAGGAAAGUGGGAUCACAAGAGAGAUGGUGGAAAAUGCUAAAAGGGAAGCACAUUUUAGGCUUGUGGUAGUGAACGGGAAAGUUUACAUCGACACAUAUCGGCCGGCUUAUCAAACGAGAGAUGUGUUCACGAUUUGGGGGAUUCUACAGCUUCUGAGGCUGUAUCCCCACCAGUUGCCGGACUUGGAUCUGAUGUUCCAGUGCCACGACCAGCCGUCCAUCUUGAAGAGCGAGUACGAGGGAGAGCAUGCCACUCCGCCACCGCCAUUGUUCCAUUAUUGCGGGAACAAUUCUACCUUGGACAUCGUCUUCCCCGACUGGUCCUUCUGGGGUUGGGCUGAGAUCAACAUCCCGCCAUGGGAAACCUUGAAGAAGGAGCUGGAAGGAGGCAACCAUCUGAUAAAGUGGAAGGACAGGAAGCCCUACGCCUACUGGAAAGGCAACAUCUUCGUCGGCAAUGCCAUGAGAAGAGACCUCGCCAACUGCAAUGUCACCGACAGCCAAGACUGGAAUGCUCGGAUCUAUGACCUGUCAUGGCCCCACGAAUCGCAGAAAGGCUUCAAGAACACGAGGCUGGCAAAGCAGUGCGAUUAUAGGUAUAAGAUUUAUGCAGAAGGCAACGCAUGGUCGGUGAGCGAGAAGUACAUUAUGGCGUGCGAUUCGAUGAGUCUGUUCAUAAGGCCUCAGUACUUCGAUUUCUUCACCAGAGACUUGCUUCCGGCGGUUCACUACUGGCCGGUGAACGAGCACCAUCUGUGCCAGUCGAUCAAAUUCGCCGUCAAUUGGGGAAACAAGCACCGGGAAAAGGCCCAAAGGAUCGGUAAGGCGGGAAGCAGAUACAUACAAGAAAACCUGAAGAUGAAGUACGUAUACGACUACAUGUUUCACUUGCUGAACGAGUAUGGAAAGCUCUUGAAAUAUAAGCCCAUUGUGCCCGAAGGGAUCGCCCCGAUGUGCUUGGAGAGCAUGGCUUGCGGAGCCGAAGGGGUUCGCCGCAAGUUCCAGGUGGAAUCCAUGGUGAAAGCCCCGGCGGAGAUGGGGCCGUGCUCGCUGCCUCCGCCGUAUCUCCACAGUGAACUGGAGGCUUUUCUAGAGAGGAAAGAAAGGCUAAGGAAGCAGGUUGAGAUGUGGGAAGCCAGUGGAGACAUCUGAGGAUCAUGCAUUGUGUGUGUGGUGUGAACCUGUUUUCUAGAUCAAAUGUAUAAGUUGCAAUAACAUAUAUUUAGGCACCAUAGCAUUGGGUUAGAGAAUGGAAUUGAUGUUAGGAAAAAUUUUACUGGGCGUCACAGCCAAAAUGUUAAAAUUAGUAAGAAAUUGAUAGUCGAA